ACGCGCGCUCGGGGCCGCGGGCAGGGGGGCGGGGCGGCAGAGCUCGGCGCCCGGCCUGGAGGACAGCGGUGUCGGAGUCGGCGAGCGGCGGCAGUGACGCGAAGAGGCCGUGCAGGACGCGGACGCCGGGUCGCGGGAGCGCAGAGGUUGACUCUUCACCACACUGAAACCAUUAGGAAAAAUCCUUGUGGUUAACAGCAGAGGCUUCAGAGUGUAACCAGUACUCAGGCCUAGAAAUUAUUUUAAAUGGCGACUGAUUCGUCUCAAGGUGAACUCGUCCAUCCUAAGGCACUCCCACUUAUAGUAGGAGCUCAGCUGAUCCACGCGGACAAGUUAGGUGAGAAGGUAGAAGACAGCAGCAUGCCAAUUCGUCGAGCUGUGAAUUCUACCCGGGAAACUCCGCCCAAAAGCAAGCUUGCCGAAGGAGAGGAAGAAAAGCCAGAGCCAGAUGUAAGUUCAGAGGAAUCUAUCUCCACCGUAGAAGAACAAGAGAAUGAAACUCCACCUGCUACAUCCAGUGAGACAGAACAGCCCAAGGGGGAGCCUGAGCAUGAAGAGAAGGAAGAAAACAAGUCUUCUGAGGAAACCAAAAAGGAUGAGAAAGAUCAGUCUAAAGAAAAGGAGAAGAAAGUGAAAAAGACCAUACCUUCCUGGGCUACUCUUUCUGCCAGCCAGCUAGCUAGGGCCCAGAAACAAACACCGAUGGCUUCCUCUCCCCGGCCCAAGAUGGAUGCAAUCCUAACUGAGGCCAUUAAGGCAUGCUUUCAGAAGAGUGGCGCAUCAGUGGUUGCUAUUAGAAAAUAUAUCAUCCAUAAGUAUCCUUCUUUGGAGCUGGAGAGAAGAGGUUAUCUCCUUAAGCAGGCACUAAAAAGAGAAUUAAAUAGAGGCGUCAUCAAACAGGUAAAAGGAAAAGGUGCAUCUGGAAGUUUCAUUGUUGUCCAGAAGUCAAGUAAAACAACUCAGAAAUCAAGAAACAGAAAGAAGAAGAGCUCUGCAGUGGAUCCAGAACCACAGGUGAAAUUGGAAGAUAUCCUCCCACUGGCGUUUACUCGCCUUUGUGAACCUAAAGAAGCUUCCUACAGUCUCAUCAGGAAAUAUGUGUCUCAGUAUUACCCUAAGCUUAGGGUGGACAUCAGGCCCCAGUUGUUGAAGAAUGCUCUGCAGAGAGCAGUAGAGCGAGGCCAGUUAGAGCAAAUAACUGGCAAAGGUGCUUCGGGGACUUUCCAGCUGAAGAAAUCAGGGGAGAAACCCCUGCUUGGUGGAAGCCUGAUGGAAUAUGCAAUCUUGUCUGCUAUUGCUGCCAUGAACGAGCCGAAGACCUGCUCUACCACUGCUCUGAAGAAGUAUGUGCUGGAGAACCACCCAGGGACCAAUUCUAACUACCAAAUGCAUUUGCUGAAAAAAACUCUGCAGAAAUGUGAGAAAAAUGGGUGGAUGGAACAGAUCUCUGGUAAAGGGUUCAGUGGCACCUUCCAGCUUUGUUUUCCCUAUUACCCCAGCCCGGGAGUUCUAUUUCCAAAGAAAGAGCCAGAUGAUUCUAAAGAUGAGGAUGAGGAUGAGGAUGAAGAUGAUGAUGAAGAUGAGUCAUCAGAAGACGACUCUGAAGAUGAAGAGCCACCACCUAAGAGAAGCUUGCAGAAGAAAACCCCAACUAAGACCCAAGGGAAGCCUGCAUCCAUGAAGCAGAGAGGGUCCAAGCCUGCACCUAAAGUCUCUGCCACCCAGAGGGGGAAAGCUAGGCCCCUACCCAAGAAAGCCCCUCCUAAAGCCAAAACUCCUGCCAAGAAAGCCAGACCCUCACCCUCUGUAAUCAAGAAGCCUAGUGGGAGCACCUUAAAGAAGCCCACAGCCAGUGCAAGAAAGGAUGUGAAACUGCCCAGCAAGGGCAGAUCCACCAUGAAGAAAUCUUUCAAGGCAAAAAAGUAAAUUUUAUAGGGGAAAAAAGGGUAUCAUGAUGCAAUUCAAAAUCUUAUUUUAUAAGGUCAGUGUGUAUUUGUUUUAGUUAUGAUGCUUUUAAAAUUACAUUUUUUUCCCCUCUUGUAUGAACAUUGUGGGAGGGAAUAUAAAUAAACCAGUGUAGACAUUUGUUAGCUUUAGGUACUGUUCUGGGUGCCUGCCUGUUCAUUUUAAUUUCCACAGUAAUCCUGGACUCUCCUAACUGUAAUCUGUACUUGUCCCUUUGGCUCCUCGUACCCCAACCCUUAUUCUUUUUUUUAAUGGUUUAAUUCUGACUUUUUUCCCCCUUCAGCUUUAUCUAUACAGUUGCAAAGACUUUUAUAUUUGUACUAAGCACCAACAGGUCAAGUGCUGGAAGUCAGGAGCAGGCAGUGUAGCACUGACUGUGUGACGCCUCCUACCUGGAGACUUCAGUUACUACCGUCACUCUGCUCACCAUCCUCUUCUAAAGUCUAGAUGCAUUUUAGCUUUGGAAAAGAAGCCCUAAACUGUAUGAUUGUAUUAGAUUGUGAGGUUGUUCGGCUCCUGGGUCACUGUGACUAUUUUCAAGCACUUUUUGCUGUCCCUGAGCACUGCGUUCCCUCAACAGCAAGCACAAGUUGUCUGUCUACACCACUUGGUUUUUGACUGAAGGGGAAGUGUAGGAAUACAUAGAAUCUGAUUUCUGAUGUUGCUAAUGUUACCAAAAACCAAAACGUUAUUCUUGUUCAAAUUUUUAAAUAUAUUUUUUAAUAUUUGGAGCAUGAGUUGUCAAUUCCUGUUUACCUUUUUUAACAAGGAAAUCUUGGAGUGUUACCAUGCUAAUGUAGAAAUGUUAAGUGGUAAAACAUAAAUUUGCUAAAAUAAACCGGAUUUCAGAUUCACCUGUGGGUUUUAUCCCCCCUUCUUUGCAUAAACACUUUUGAUAUUAAGCAGUUUCCUUUUUCAGAUAGUCAAAAAAAAGCAAGGAGGAAGAAAAAAAGCAAAUGAAGCCCUACUACCUAACCUUUUCAUUUGUAUUUGUUUUAGUAUAUUGUGAAGUUGUGUAAAAUAGCACUAGCUUUCCACUUGAGCAAGGCCAGUCUUUGGUUAUCCUCUGUCCCUCCCUCCCUGUGGCACCUGACAUUUUAAUUGUCUUAGACUCUUGGUGUUCAUCUUGCCGCCCAGGCGGUGUUGUUCAUACUCAUUCCACCCACUCGUCUCCUGGGAUCCCCGCAGCUCACAUCUGGCUGGGAAAUGGACUUGAGAAAACUGGCUGGAACUAGAUCAUAAUCCUGUGUGAUCCCAUCAUGAGUCACUGGGAUUUGUGUUGCAUGUACGGCAAUCUUUCCUGUUGUAAAUCUUCCUUUUUUAAUGUACAUAUAUUUUGAAAAAUAUGAAUAAACAUGAAAUUUUAAAAGCUGCUGAA